AUGGGCUACCGGUUCCCUGAACUGCGCUUUUGCGGCGGUUCUCCGGCCAAUUGGAAGGCCAAGAAAGUUGCUACGGACAACUACCCCGCAUUCAUUCAGGGUUUGUUGCAAAAGGAGAUGAUACACUUACUCAGGCCGGCACCAUUGAGUGCAGUGAAGCGAAAAAAUCCUUCUGACAAUAACCAACUAUCCGACUCUGAACAUAACAGUGAUAUAGUCCUUAUUGAUGAUUUGUCACCAUCGUCUCGCGGCAAGCGGCAAGUACAGAAGCUCAAGACACCAGCAUCUGCAAGACAUAUCACAGCCAAACGAGCACGACGCACCCAUGCUAUGCCCUCGGUCGCUAUGAUCACACAAGAUCCUUUAGCCGAUGUCUUCACAACAACAUCAUCACCGUCAACAGCAGAGGGCCAAGUUGCCAACACGACGUUUACCACAGAUGACAGGGAUGGGAACCUGUUUGGAGGUAAUCUGCGGCAAACUACAGUGCCCUUGAGUGUCCCCGACCUGUUUGCCAUGACACUAUUGAUGCCAAUUUUGCAUACAGUCACCCAGGACAGUAGUAUCGAUUCCUCAGCACCAUAUGUCACUGCUAGCAACCAUGGAGCAACCACGAGCACUGUCGCCCCGACAGAGAACACUUCUGCAAACACCAAUGAUGGAGCAACCAUGAGCACUGUCGCUUUGACAGAGAACGCUUCCACAAACUCUGUUCUCCCCCUCAAUAGGGCAUCCCCCGCGGGUCCGGAGAGUGGUGCCAAUGCACCCGUUGAGCCAGCCACCUACAAUACUGUCAGCAGUGUUGUUGAGACGUCCAACACUUCCAUCACAACCACCGGUGACACUAACAAGGGGCACGCUGCCGCAGAACAAUCAACAACGACCACCGUGAUGACACCAAAUCCUGGUGUGAGCGUAGAACAAGCCUCGGGAGCAAUCACAAUGGCAUCAAAUCUCGGAGUUCCCUCCACAUGCGUGAGCUCCACUGAAGCGAGAGAUGGCGGCAAUAGUGCGAAGGACACUGGCCAACCUUUGUGGCCACUACGUACGGUGACUGCAAGAAAUAUUUGUGGAGCUCAGUGGAAGGAACAAAAUUGUGAUGCUACCAAGGAAGCCUUUGAUACCUAUUGGAAGAUGUUGUCCAAGCAGGACAAAAAGAUCUACACUACUGAAGCAAAAUCAAUGGUACGUAUUGUGAUCAAGGCGGCCUGCUUGUGA